UUUCUCGUAAUACAGGACAUCUAAUUUUUCCCUUCAAUUUGGCUGAAAUUUUCAUUUUUUUAAUUUUAAUUUGCUUCAUCGAUAAAAAAUUUUUUUGCUUAUAUUCAGAGACUUUUCUUUUAAAUUUUAUUUUCCUUCAAUCAAAUGGACGAUGAAGCUUUUGGAUUUGGUGAAUUGGCCUAUGACGAUAAUUUGCCUUAUCAAGAGGACAAUCAAAAUGUACUAGAAAAUAAUAAUUUUGAAGAUAAUUUGCCUAGUAAAGGGAAAAAGAAGAAAUACAAGAGGAAUAAAAAAGGAACAAAAACUCAACAAAAUAAUCCAGAAAAUUUAAAAAUUCAUGAAAAUUGUAAGAGGACAGAUGAUGAUUUAAGUGAUUUAUUGAGAGAUUAUGAAAGGAAAAAGGAGUCUAUUUUUACGAGUGAAUCGCCUCUAGAUUGGCAUCUCAACGUUGGAGAAGACGAAGUCCGUACCAAACGUCGUAAAAUAGAAAUUGAAAAUGUAUUGGAACGUGUAGCGCAGCGAAUACUUAAAGCUAGACAAGAAAAUUCAAAAACAACAUCUUUAAACGAAGGCAUUAGCAUUAUUCAAUCAAGAGUCACUCAAAAUUCAACAAAAUUAUUAAAAAUGCCACCGAUGGAUGGAAGUGGCUGGUAUGGAAUAAAUUCGCCCGAUGGAGUUUUUCGACGUUAUAUUUUAAUAAAACCAAAAAAUACCAAAAAGAGGCGAGAAAUUAACAAAAUUGAUUCAACAGAAGAUCGAAUUAAAGAUUUGGAUGAUUAUUACAAUUUAUUUGAAAGAAUGGAAAAUCAAAAAAGGGAGAGGUUAUUUAAUAAUUUUGGGGAUGUUAAUAUGGAAGAUGAUGAAAUUUUGGAAGUUAAAAAUAGUUCGAGAACUCUGUGGACUGAAAAAUAUGCUCCCAACAAUUUUUUGGAUCUUUUGUCGGAUGAUGAAACUAAUCGUUUGGUAUUGCUCUGGUUACGCCUUUGGGAUGGUCUUGCUUUUAAAAAGAAGGGAGGAGUUGUCUUUUGGGGAUCUUUGGAAGAAAAGGAUAAAAAGCUGGUUGAAAUUGAUCAUUUGCGCGGAGGUUUUGUGUUGCCCAAACAAAGGAUCCUCGUUCUUCAUGGAUCUUCUGGUGCUGGAAAAUCUUCCCUUGCAGUUGUUGUUGCCAGACAAUUGGGUUAUCGCCCUCUUUCUAUUCAAAUAAGUGAAAUUCAAAAUGUUGCCGAACUUCGAAAUAGAAUGGAGAAUGCUAUAAAUUCAAUAGAAAUUUCAAGUCUAUUUUUAAUGCAAAAACAGCAACAGACACCUAAAACAGAAGAAGAUAAACCUGUUUGUUUUAUAAUUGAAGGAUUGGAGUUGGCUACUUCGGACAUGAUUCAAUUUUUGUGUAGCUGGACUAAACGUUCUUCUUCUAAUGGUUCAAUUCUUCGUCCUGUAAUUUGUAUAUGUUCAAAUAUUUGGAAUUCUCCUAAUUUAAAACAACUUCGGAUUUCUUCACUAGCAUUACAAGUUCAGCCGUGUAAUCAAAAAAGGCUUAAAGCUCGACUACUCGAGAUUUGUCGUCUCGAAGGAAUUUUAAUUGACCAAAAUCAAUUAAAUGAGAUGAUAUUAACUCAUGGAACAGAUAUUCGUUUGUGUUUAAAUACUCUUCAAUUUAUGACUGCUAAUGCUGUUGGAACUGCUUUUUCCAAAAAGAAUUCCACACCUUCUGACGAUCUAGAACAACCUCAAAAACUCAAUACAGCAUUAUCCGUUUCAUUUAUUGAUGUUUUAUAUUCAAUUUUUACUUUGGAUUUUCACAAAGAUUCUCGAGGAAUUGUUCAAUCACCCGAACAAAGAGCAAACACAAUUCUUUAUUUAAUUAAUCGUUUGGCUUUUGAAGAAUUUACAAGAAUUCAACAAUUAAUUUUUGUUAAUGUUGCGAGUGUUUUUAAAUUGGGACAUGAACAGUCAACAAAAAUAUCAAAAAUAUUUAUUUCAAUGGAUUUGCUUCAAUCCCAUAUUCAACAAAAUCAGAAUUAUUUUCUUUUUCGUUACUUACCUUAUGCAUUAAUUUCAAUUCAUUUUAUUUGUGCAAUGCAUGUUUCAAGACGUCUCAAAUUUGAUAUGAAUACUCAAUUAUUUAAUAAUUUUGUUUUGCCUAAAGUUGAACCAAAAAUUCAACAAACUUCUCAAAUUGUUAAAAUUAAACCAAAUAAUUUGCCAGGUUUAUUGAAUUUUUAG